GAGGACAUAUGCGGCAGCAGAGGGGAGCAUCAUUAUUAUCUAUGAACAUGCAAUUUCCUUUUAAUUUCUUUGUGGCUGGGGAUCCUGCUCCCCAGAGCCUCUUUUUCUCACCAAAAACAUGUAGGAUUUGGUAACAUUUUAGACGUAGACAGCACCUCUCAUCCUGAGUAAUUCCAGAGCGCUUUACUAGCUGUAAACAUAUUGCCCUGUUUAAAUGCAGCCAUUUCUGGGGUGGGAGGCAACAAGUUGGUGCAUAGUGCAGUGAAGGAAGCAGAAAAUAGGAGUGGGUGAACUUGUCUUUUCAGGGAGUUGUGGUUUGGGAUUCUAAUGCUUCGACUACUGAGCAGUAAAAUGGAGAUUUCUCUGGAGGGAAGGCAGUUUGUAAAUGGAUUAUAAACAAAAUCAGUAAAAUGCUGGAUGUGUAUUACUUCGGAACUUGUUUUCCUAAAAUGUUAUAUACACAAUAGAAAACAAAAUAGCUAGUUCUAAUCAAUGUAGAACCAGGACCUGCUUCUUGUGUGCUUGCUGAUCAGGCUAUCUGAGGCUCAGAAAAUGGCAAGGCAGAGCUGACCUACAGGUUUUAAUGUAUCCAUAUGAUGCAAAGAGAAGAGUAAUCUUUGAAGUGUCUCAGUUUCUGUAAAAGAAUAUAAUUGAAGAUUAUGUUCUUUAUCCAGACACUAUAGAUUAAAAAGUUGGAGAUUCGUCAUCAUGAAUUCUACCCCUCCAAUCAGUUACACGAUUCCUGAAAUCAAACGCCUACACUAUAUCCAGAGUGAGAUGAGGCUACUGCAAAAUAGUAGUCAGUCAGAGCUGGAUGUUACUGAAGAUCUGAGAAGGAAACUUCAUCAAGCCAAAAAAGAAAAACUGGACAUAACCACUAAACAUAACCAAGAUCUGUCCAACUAUGAAAGCCAGAUUGCCAGGUUGCGAUCUGAAGUUGAGAAAGGAGAGGCCAUUCGACAAAGUCUGGAAUAUGAACUUGUCAUUGCCAGAAAAGAUGCUGGUCUUGAAAGAUACUCUGCAGAGGAAAAGUUAUGUGAAGCUAGCACUCGAUUUCAGCAGCUGCAAGGCAUGAAUGCAGAGCUUCAACAGAAAUUGGCUGAGACCGAGAAAGUGUUUCAUAUUUCUCAGCAGAAUUGGAAGGAACAGCAGCAAAGACUUACAAGUGACUUAGAAGAGAAAGAUAACAUCCUCAAGACCUGUAAUAGUGAAUAUGAGUUACUUCUGAAGGAGAGGACUAAACUGGAAAAUGUUAUACAGGAGACUCUGGAGCAUCACAAGGAGCAGAGGAAUAUGCUGGAAUCGCAAAUCAGAGAGACAGCAUUAAAGGAGUUUAGGUUUCAGUUAGAGCAGUGUGAAGCAGAAAGAAGAGAGUUCCAGUUUAUGUUGCAGGAGCGAAACAAUGCACUGCAGAAUAUGCAUAAGAAAAUACAAGAUCUGGAACUGGAACAUAAUAACUGCACUGACAUUCUCCGGCGACAGGCCAGUGAACUUGAAUACAGUACUGAACGAGAGGAGAGACUUAAAAAAGAUCUUGAGGCAGCUACUGUGAGAGUGAAGAAAUUGGAAGAAAAUAUUGAGGCAGAGAGAGCAGCUCAUCUGGAAUCCAAAUUUAAUUCUGAAAUUAUCCAGUUAAGGAUUCGAGACCUUGAAGGAGCUUUGCAGGUAGAAAAAGCCAGCCAAGCAGAAGCUCUUUCUGAUUUGGAAAUGAUCAAGAAAGAGUUCAAAGAGGUGGAAAACGCAUAUGAGAGAGAGAAACAUAAUGCCCAAGAGAGCUUGGAAAAACUCAAUAUAUUCGAAAGAGAGUAUUUUUCCACAAACAAGCAACUAAAUGAAGAGAUCGAGGAAAAGAAGAAAGUAAUUACAGACCUCUCUGAGAGACUCCAGGAUAAUGAAAAAAGUUGCAGAGAAUUACAGGAGGAACUUGCAAAGGCCAAGAAACGCCAGGCCUUCCUAACAGAGACGUGUGAAAACAACGUGAGAGAACUGGAGUUACUCUUGGACAGCUUUACUAUGUCAAGCCAGUGGACAGCAGGCAGUCGCAAGGACAAAGAUAAACCUCCAAGCCUCUCUGUUGUCCUUGAGACUUUGAGGAAUACCUUGACAGAUUACCAGAACAAGCUGGAAGAUACAUCUAAUGAGCUAAAGAAAACGAAAGCUUCAUGUGAGAAGAUGACGAAAGAAAUUGACUCAUCCAAACAAAAAAUACGGUCUCAAAGUCAAGACCUUAAGGAAGUUCAGGAUAACCUGGCUGAUGCCAAUGAAGAGUUAAAUCAUCUACGCACUAAGUGUGCAGACAGAGAGGCUUUAACAGGCACUUUAAAAAUGGAACUACAGAAUGUACUGCACUGCUGGGAGAAAGAGAAAGUCCGUGCCACGGAAUCGGAAAAUGAAAUCCAGAAGCUUACCAGGGCUUACCAGAAGGAUACUGAGGAGAAGCUAACCUUCCUCCAUACUUUAUAUCAGCAUUUGGUAGCAGGCUGUGUGCUUAUAAAACAACCAGAAGGCAUCCUGGAUAAAUUCUCCUGGCCUGAGCUUUGUGCAAUCUUGCAGGAGAAUGUUGAUGCCCUGAUCUUAGACCUCAGCAGGGCUAAUGAGAAGAUAUCUCAUCUAGAAUAUAUUUGCAAGAACAAGUCUGAUACCAUGAGGGAACUUCAACAGACCCAGGAAGACACUUUUAACAAAGUGGCUGAGCAGAUGAAAGCACAGGAAAGCUGUUGGCAGAAACAGAAAAAGGGGUUGGAGCAGCAGUACUCUGGACUCCUUGGGGAAGUUCAUGCAAGGGCACAGAAAUAUCAAGAAAUUGCAGAAAAAGCCAAGGAAAGAUGUUCUGUCAUUGAAAAAGCACGAGAGCAGCUGGUCCAUGAAAAUUCACAAUUGAAAAGUAUAUUAAUGCAGACACAAAAGGAACAUGCAUCUCUGCUGGCAGCCUGUGCACUAAUGGGUGGUGCCUUAUAUCCUCUAUACAGCCGAUUAUGUGCCUUGUCUACACAAAGAGACUUUCUCCAGGAUCAGGUCCACACCUAUGAAGUACUCAAACAGGAAAUUAGGACUCUGGUCAAUGCUUUGUCUGAUGUAGAGGGAAAGAGGCAAGAUGAAGUGAAGAUAAAGAAAAAGCAUUUCAAAGGCAUGAUACGUGUGUUCCGGAAAGGUGUUAUUGCAGUUCUGGCAGCUCACAGACUUCAAAUUUUGGGACGGUCAAGUAGCUCUCUUUUCUCCUGGGUAGAUGGUUUCAAAGAAGGCAUAGGAAUCCUAGUUUGCAUAGGAGAGGCCAAGGGGAAACAUAAUCUAUCAAAACACCAAAAGGAACAAAUCCAUGGUCUUCAAGCACUCAGCUGGUUUACUAGUUCUGACCUUCUUGCUGCAAUAAUCAGUUCGGUGGCUGAAUUACAGGAAGUUGUUAGCAAAACAGAUCCAAAUUCCUGGCUUUGUGGACACUUCCUCAUAAGUGCCGCCCGGAAUUCUUUUUCAAAACUCAUGGACAAACUUAAUGUAUUAAUGGAGACUAUAGCAGUGGAUUGCAGCAGGACCAUCACAUAUGCAGAGAAGGACUCCUUGGUUCACAGACUGGCUCGUGGACUUCAUAAAAUAAAUGCACAGGCACUAAAAUCUGGACUAGGUGAUAGAAUACCCAUUACAAAAAGCAUAGCAUCCUUGCAGACGCAAAUAUUUGAAUUUACACAAAGGCUGCAUACAGCAGAAGUGGAACGCCGUUCACUACGCUUAGAACUCUCAGAAUUCAAACGGAAUUUGAAUGAGAUGAAAAAAGAGGCUGACAAAGCCCAGAGCCUGCAAGAGCAAUUAAAUGCAUUUAAGCAAUCUAAAUUGAUCACCCAUGAGAGGUUUGAAAGUGCAUGUGAAGAACUGAAUAAUGCAUUACAUCGAGAGCAGGAAGCACAAAUGCUUUUGAAUGAGCAGUCACAGCAGUUACAGGAGUUAAAUUAUAAACUGGAAUUGCACUCAAGUGAAGAAGCGGACAAAAACCAAACCCUAAGUGAAGCUGUAAAGAGUCUCUCGGAGGCAAAGAUGGAGCUGAGAAGAAAAGAUCAAUCUCUGCGUCAGCUCAAUAAACAUCUUACCCAGCUGGAGCAGGACAAGCGUCGACUGGAAGAGAGCAUCCACGAUGCAGAGAGUGCCCUCCGCAUGGCAGCAAAAGAUAAAGAAUUCAUUGCCAGUCAUAUGAAAUCUGUGGAAGCCACCCUACAGAAGGUCAGAGAUCAGAUCUCGCUGUCACGGACUGCGGCAACCAGGAAUGACUUCACCCUGCAGCUACCCAAACUGCACCUGGAGACCUUUGCAAUGGAAGGGCUGAAGGGCGGGCCAGAGGUUGUAGCAUUUCAGGCUCUGAUUAUAAGUUUUAUGGAUGUCUACCAACUCGCAAGCUCCAGAGUUGCUACAUUAGAGAGAGAAAUAGCAUCUCAUCGACAUCACAUUGCAGCCCUGAAAUCAGAACUCCAAACAGCUUGUCUUCGUGAAAAUGAAAGCUUACAAUCAGAAUCACGAGACAGUUCAAACAUCCCCAUGGCUUCAAGAUCAGCACUUCAGCCUGACCUGAGCUGUAUCCCAGAUUUUUUGCCAUUGCAAGCUGAGGCAGAUACAUCUUACAGGUCUAUUCACAAUAGAUCCCAUUCUCAGUCUUCAUCCUAUUCCUCUGCCCUCAACAUCUCAGCCAGCACCAAAAGAACAAUACAAAAUGGCUUUUAAGACUUUGUAUUAACUUUAUGAGGAAAAACUGUAUAAAUUUUAAAUGAUGCAAUUAAAAUGAUAUUUUAUUGGGCUAUCUUACCUUUGAAUUGUGCUUUAACAUGUGACACUAAUUUUUACAUUUGUUUGAAAACGGUGAGUUCAUACAUCCAUGUUUCUGUACUUCUCACUCUGGUGUAGUGAAACAGUCCAGUUUUUUUGUUUGUUUUUUUAGUUUUAUUUAUCACAGUUGCUCAUUUUUAUGUAAUAUAUUUUUAAAUGUUAAAGAAUGACACAUUUUGGGUAAUUUUCUUCAGACUUAAAAAAAUCAAUAAGCCAUUUUAGUCUCUAUCUAUCAAAGUUGUUUCAUACUUGUCUAUUUUAAAUCAGGACUGCAGUACUUUAAUAGGAUUGAGAGAGCUAUUUGAAAUGUAUGCCAAUGAUUCCUGUCAUUUCAUGGCAGCCCUGCCAUGGUUCACUGAGCCCCCUCUUCUCUCUUGUCAGCUCAACUGAAGACAAGCAUUUAGUUGCAAACUUUAAGCAGGUUGUGCAAAACAGAAAUGAUGUGACUGCUUCUCCUCCUGCACAAUAAUGUCACUCCUGGUCAAUGUGAGAAGGUCAGGUUGCUCCUACAUGAUACCACUUGCCCAUUUGAACAAGUUAAGUUAACUGCUGAAUCUGGUCCCUGCAGACGUUGAAAACUCAUCCUUUUAUCAAGUCUGCAUUUGAUGAGAAAGUAGAACAAUUGUGCAGGGAGGAUUUCUGAUGACAUGUUUAUGUACUUUAUAAGGACAGUUCCCAAACCAGUGUUGCAGGUAAUAUAUUUAGUUUAAACUGAAAUAUUUUAAAGUAAUGGCAGUUUUGACCUUCAAAAUAGACUCCUUUUUUGUUGUUGUUGGUAGGACCCAAGAGUGACGCCCAUCUUUGAUGCUGACAGAAUUUAAAGCAAAGCCAUUGCCCUGCAUUUUCUGCCUUGUAGCACACAAAAGUAAAAUUGUAUGUCAGGCCGAGAUGUCGGGGAGCUGACAAGAUGCCCCAGUGACAUUUCAGCUGGAAAGAGCAAGUGUCUUGCAACCAAGUGGUCAAAUAUCAAAUAAUAGGUCAAGCAGGAAGGAGCUGAGUUCUAACCACAAAGAGGUUUCUGGUAACUUACUUGACAAGCUUUUGGGUGCUUUGUGGCUUGACAAAGUGAUGUUCUGUUGGGUAUCGCUCGACAGACUGUUCUUUAUCGCCUUCAGAAGAUCAGACAUUGACAUUGAUUAAACUCUUUAACCCUUAAAGGUUACAUUCUAGCACCUUGCAUCAUUGUGAGUGAAGAACAAAAGAAAAUUUAUAAUAUAGUAUUUGUUUUUGUAUUAAUCACCAACUCCCUAGUGCUAUUAACAUUUGAUGUGCUAUGUAGUUUUUGACAAAGAGAUUGAAUGCAAAAAUCUAUGUAUUAGAUUGUUUCUCAUUGUGGACCAGUGAUACAUUAUAAAAAUAACAUGGAAUUUUUCAUUUCUUGUGCUAUGUUAAAAGUAACAUUUGAUUCUAAGAAUUCUGACUACUGAAAUGUUCUUUAUUAUUUUGCCUGGAAGAUAUUUGCUACAAAAUACAUACAUUGUAAGAAAAAUCAUGCAAAUUCCCAUUUUCUCUUCAACUGAGGACUCGACUAGGUUAGAGAACUUUGAAACCCACUAGCAAGUUUUCAAGUAUUUUUGAUUUUCAAGUCCCUUAUUUACAUGUGCAUCUGCAGGCACUUUGAGGUAGAUCCACACAAAUAUAAUAUCUGAGCUGUUUUUAUUUUCAAAAAUACUGAUAUAAAAAGUGUCUUUUCUUUACGAUGUGUUUGGCUUAGAUUGCUCUAUUCACUUCGUAAGACUCAGCUUCCCUCCUUCCUAACCAUGACUAUUCCGAGUAAAAGUAUUGAAAAUGCCUUACAUUUUUCUUAUAUAUGUAAUGUCAAAGGUCUUUUAUACUUGCGUGUAGAGUGACAUAAUACUUUUCACUGAGCAUUUGUUAUAUCUAUGGUUUAUAUGCGUAUGCUUACUUUUAAAAAUAGUACCAUUUGAGAGGUGUCCAUCUGAGAUACACUGUGCAUAAACUCUUCGGUACAUGAACUCAUUAAUGACUCAAUAAUCAAUAAUCUGGAUCAUCAACAGGAAAAUGCUGCUGCAUUGCUCGUCAGGUUUAUAAAAAAAGCUUUUGUGACCAAGUGAGAAAUUCUAAAGGAGCAGAAAAGAUCCUGCUUGGGCAGAUCUCACCUAAGACGGUUGCAAAAAGAGAAGUUGCCUCCAUGGCAUUCCUUUCUUCCCCUUUCUGGGAACACUCUGUAACCCACUAUGUUGGGACUCUAUGCAUUUGGAGGCAGUGAGAGGGGAAAAAACAAAUUUCUCAAAUACGUCCAUCCAUAGCCAAUAUCCUAGGUCUAUAACAAGCUGAUUGUAGGCCAGAAUACAGGUCAGAAAUGGCCCGGAUAGUGGUGGAUAAAUGCUCGUUUGCCACCACAGAUUUCAUUUACAAGCUGCAUUGCUACUAUUUGAUUCACUAUUUACAUGAAACUGCUAGGAGAGAUUAUGAGCCUGUGUGGUCUCAAAUGCUAGCAAUAUGUAGAUGACACCCCUCUCUGUUUGUUAUUCGCAUCAUAUGCAAACACCAACACUGCCCAUUUAUCCUGCAGCUGUGUGAGGAGGAGCUGGCUGAAGCAAGGUGGAGGUUAUGCUGGUAGGCACAGGGAAACAUUUUAAAGUGCUUCUCAUCACUGUUAAUAUUUCUUUCAGUUGAGGAUGCCAACAAUGCCCCUCUGCCAUGUACAUUGGCCAAACCGGACAGUCUGUACGUAAAAGAAUAAAUGGACACAAAUCAGACAUCAGGAAUAGUAACAUACAAAAGCCAGUAGGAUAACACUUUAAUCUUCCUGGACAGUCUAUAACAGAUUUGAAAGUAGCUCUACUUGAACAAAAAAACUUCAGACUUCAAAGAGAAACAGCAGAACUAAAAUUCAUUUGCAAAUUUAACACCCUGAUCGAAUUGGCUCAGUCAGCACUGGUUCUCCACUUGUGAGGUAACUCCCUUCUCUUUAUGUGUCAGUAUAUUUAUGUUUGCAUUGGUAAUUUUCACUCCAUUCAUCUGAAGAAAUGGGGUUUUUACCCACGAAAGCUUAUGCUCAAAUAAAUCUGUUAGUCUUUAAGUUGCCAAUUUCCUUUCUGUAAAUUGUUAAUGUACAUUAUGUAUGUGUAUUCUCUGGCAAGGUGCUCAGGUAGCAUGAUGAUGGGUAUGAUGGUAGAACUGAUCAGAAAUAUCUUCUGCACUCUAACCCCUCACAUUUUGCAAAUAAUCCUGGUGAAUGCUAAUGACAGCAUAGCUUCUGCAGCAGCCAUGUGCCUAUGGGGAGGAGCAGCACAGAUGGGCUGACAUUUCCCUACCCAACAUAUUCCCAGGAUCCGCUUGCUCCCAACCCAUAAGAAGCAAUUUGAAGGACACUCUGCAAGGCUCAUCUCAGCGAAUUUCACAGUCCAUACAAUUGGUUGCAGGUAUUGCCCUAGAAAGAUACAAUUUACCCCCAGGUGCUUCUAUGCCAUCUUUUUUCCUGGGUUUUUAGCCCCCUCCCCCCCUUGUAUUUAUUUAUAAAUGUACACUUGCAAGUUCAGCACAAGCUUUACUAUUAGUCAAGAUGAUAUAUAAUAAUGGGAGUCCUCUCCAAUGCUAGAAAAGACGUUGGAACUCUUCACCAAGUCAGAUCCUUAAAUAGUGAACUUGAGGUGACUCUCUUGUCUCAAGGGCUCUCAACUCUAAACUUUGUAAUAUGCAACCUCUUCAUGAAUUAGGUCAGUUUAUGCAGUUGAUCACUUAUAUCAGCAGUUGAUCAUACUGCUAUCCUGUCAGUGUUUACAUUCUGUCUGUUUUCCAUAUGAACCUUUAUGAUCAAUGGUAUAACUUAGUUCACAGAAAAUUAUUUUAUCUGACUUUUAAAGUAUGAAGUUGCUUCAUUGUUGUCAGUUAUUUAGCUGUAAACAAGCCAGGUGUACGAGAUUUUUUGCACUUUAUGAGCACAGUUACUUCUGAAUGUUGAAGCCUUUGUGAGAUAUUUCCAUAUAAAACUGAGGUUUUAUUAUACAAGAAUCUGUCUGAUACCAUUUUAAUACCCCAGCCUUGCAACAGGAUCUGCACAAGUGAAUCCUUGUAACUGAAUGGAGUCCUGUGGAACUCAGUGGCACUUUGCCAUGGAUUCCAGGGUCCUACAUGGAUCUACUUGCAGUAUCCAGGACCAUUGGGAAUAUAGUUCAAGGAAUAUUCUGUUUUAUACAGUUUUAUCUACUGUAGGCAAAGAUGCUAAUUUUUUUUUAAAAAGUUUUAUUACUUUAGUCUUUAAACCAGUUCUUUAUUGGUAAUUCACUGUGGCAUUUCUGAAGUGCAUUAGGCUACCAUUUUUUAUUUCAAGUGCCAUAUGACAGAUAAAAUGGCACAAGCAAAUAAAAAGACUAUACAGAAAUUUCUUUAGAAUUAGAAUCAUCUUCUUGAGAGAGAGGUCUGGAUACAGGGGACAAUUUUCAUGUUCCCACUGUUUAUUCACUGCUUGUAUGUUUCCCCCUUCCCUUUUGCUUUUAUACAACUCCAUGGCAUAGGUGUUAAAUUGGUAUUUUCCUUCUUACAUCAUCAGCAUUUGUGUAGCUCUGUUAUGUCUGUGAUUCAGGGUUGGUUUGUUUGAAGUUCAAUAAAAAUCAUGAAUCAAGAAAUAA